ACUAAGCCCUCAAACCGCUCUGUCUUCUCUCUCUCUUUCUCUCUCUUUCAAUACAUAUAUACAUACACACAUUGUUUUGGACGUGCUGGUACCGGGAUUCUAAAGAAUGGGACAGUCUAUGAGUUUCAUGGGAUUGGGAGGAGGGCUGCGAUCCAGCCAGAUGCUAAACUUUUUAAUGGGAAAGGUGUACCAACAGUUCAUCGACAAAGAUAUCCAAAAUUUUGAGGAUUUCCAGUUGGCCAUUCUCGAUAUUUUCAACACUUUCAAUUCUUCUCUGCCCGGUAAACACUACAAUGUGCCGUCGCACAAGGAAAUUGAGGCUAUGUUCAUAAGUUGGAAAAAUGCCAAAGUGCAAGACAGGAGGGACAUCUUCAUCCAAUUUAUGAAGGACAAAGUAAGGCUAAGCAAGGUCGAUAACGCUACCGUGAUAACAGGAGUUGUAACGCCGCCGGUAGCCAUGGCUGCUAAAAGGGCAGGGGAGAGUGUGCCCCAGCUCAAAAUGAUCAAGGCCAUUCCUGACGUCUUUUUCGUGCCAUCAGCAACGGUAUUGGCUCUCAUUUCUGUUAAGAUUUCCAGAAGAAUUUUCACGGGAAAAAAUGCAUCUUCGACACACUCCGAACCUGAUAUCCAGACGAAGACCGAAACCAUUGGCGUAGCUAGAGCACCCCAAGGAGGUGCUGCCGCAUCUUCGGUCAUCAGAAAUCACCAUGAGGAGCGAGAAAUCCUUCCUGAAGGUCCCCCUGCAGCGUCUUAACUACUCAUGCCAUUUUAUUUCCUUUUACCAUUUACAGUCUCUGAAUUACUGAAAUAUGAAUAUGUUCAGAGUAUCUGAAUUACUCUAGUAUCUUCCUGCUGAAUUGUUAUUUCUUGGUUUGUAACAAAUAUGACAAGUGUUUGUAUCUAUUGAAGGAAUUAAAAUGAGUGGUUGGAUAUUGAAAAUGUG